CUUAAAUAGCAAAAUUGUCUAUUACGUUAAAUAUAUUUUUCUAGUAUUAAUUUAUAAGUUAAGAUCGACAGAAGAAUGAUGUUUAUGAAAUAUUUUUAUUUCUUUUUCUUUUUAACACUUGUAAAAUCAGAUGACCCACUUCACUAUGCAAAGGAGCAGUUAUUCAAUUGUUUCAAAAAUUGUGGUUUGAGAAGUAAUGAAAUCAUAACUUGUCAAAAUAAAUUUAAUGGUAUUUUUGAGGGAUUAUUAAAAAUUUUGGGUAAAAGAAUUUUAGAGAAUAAUGAUGAAGAUUUUAUUAAAGAUUUAGGAAAUCCUUUGUACGAUUAUGUUUCUCAAAAAUGUCAAAGCACAGAUGAAGUGCGGGCGUGUUGUGAUACAUACAUUAACGAAGUUAUUGAAUUAAAGAAAGUUACGAAUCUUUGCGACUUGCCUUAUGAACAUUUGAUUACAGAUUUGAGUAGCGAAAGAAAAGUUUUGCCAACGAAACUUCAUGAAGAUGAUAUGAUUAUCGAAGAGAACUACGAUCCGACGAAAGAAUUUCAAAUACUUGUAUUGUCUGAAAAUACAGAAGCUGCGGAACACAUCAAGAUGGAGCAUUAUUACUAAAUGUACUUUAUUUAAUUAAAAAUAUUUAUUUUGUAAAAAUUAUAUAAGAAUUAUAUAAUAAAUAUUAAAAAAGUGUUCUAUAAUAUUGUACAA